CAGCUGACCGGAUCACGUGGACAGCCCGCAACAACUGGGCAAACUACAAUGGCAGACGCCACGUGGAUAACAAGCCACAGCACAGAGGAGCCUGAUAUCCUGAAGCGGCUAGAGCGCACCUUUUGGGUAAAACUAGCCGACAAACUGGAACAG